CGAGCCAAUGGCAGGGCAGCUUUUGCCGUACGCAGCGUGGUGACGUCGCCGGUAGAAGUGGAAGGCGCGAUUUCUUGAAUCCAGCUCAGGACGCUUUACGGUAGUGCUGGAAAUGGCGGCGCAGUUGACAAGAGAGGGGAUUACGCUGAAGGGCAGCGCCGAGAUCGUGUCCGAAUUCUUCUAUUUUGGCAUCAAUAGUAUUUUAUAUCAGCGUGGGAUUUAUCCAUCAGAGACUUUUACUCGUGCACAGAAGUAUGGCCUUACCCUGCUAGUCUCUACAGACCCAGAUCUUAAGAACUACUUGGAUACAGUGGUGGAGCAGCUGAAAGAUUGGCUGUACAAAUGCCAGGUCCAGAAACUAGUGGUGGUGAUUUCAAGCAUCGACAACAGUGAAAUUCUUGAGCGUUGGCAGUUUGAUAUAGAAUGUGAUAAAACUGUGAAGGAUGACAGUAUUGUCAGAGAAAAGUCUCCAAAAGUUAUUCAGGAAGAAAUCCGAUCAGUCAUCCGACAAAUUACAGCCACGGUUACUUUUCUGCCACUGCUGGAGACUGCAUGUGCCUUUGAUUUACUAAUCUACACAGAUAAAGAUUCUCAAGUGCCAGAGAAAUGGGAAGAGUCUGGUCCUCAGUUUGUUUCCAACUCUGAAGAAGUCCGGCUCCGCUCCUUCACUACUACAAUCCAUAAAGUCAACAGCAUGGUGGCAUAUAAAAAAAUAGACUGUUAAUAGCAAAUUGUAUUUUAUUACUCCUCAGCUUUUCUAACUUUUUAAUGCAGUUUUCUAAAAAAAAAAAAAAAAAUUGUCAAAAGGUCUUUUGUGGCCACAUCUUUGCAUAUGACUUCUGAAGCUUUGUAAUGGACUUGGUCCUCUCCAUGCUACUGCAUUGGCUUAAGCUGAGAGGUUUUUGCUUAGUUUAACAAUUUAGGUUAAACUAGCUCACUGUGCCUAUAGUAAUAAACUUUAUUCAAGUACCUGAGUCCACCAUAUUAAAACUUUAGGUAAUGGUGAGUUUUGUGUCCAGCCCAGUAUAUCAGUCCUCCUAUGCUUGUGAUCCUAUGAUAUGCUGCCAACUCCGCUCUAAGUGGUACUCCUAGGGAUGAAGUAUGUCGAUUAUAUGCAGCUCUUCUCCAGUCAAGGAAUACAGCUGACAGGUUAAGGAUGAAACAGCUAAUACAACCCCAACACGUCAAUUACGGCUUCAGAAUAUAGAAUUAUUAGUCUGCAUGUGUUUGGAGGUAAACUGUAAAUGCAAAAAAAUCUCAUAAAAUGUAUUUAUUUGUUUGUCAAAGUUUGUGUUCCCUGUAGUUGCUGUUACAGUAUAGUAUUUACAUUAUAGCACCUCAUGGAUGUCUACUUGACAUGUCAUACAUUGCCCCUCAUAGAAUGCACUAGACCUAACGGUGUAUCAGUUAUUGUUCAAGUAUGUCUUGGGCCAAGGUUAUACAUAAUAUUUAUAAAUAAAUGAAGAGUUGCCCAGGAUAAAAUGGCUUCCUACUUCCAAAUACUGCACCAUAGCAGUCCACAGGUUGUGUGUGGUAUUGCAACUUAAUUGGGUUUUCUGCUUAUGUACGACUUUCCCCCUAUCUGUUUGGAUAUGGGAUAAGUGUCUGAUUUCAGGGGUCAAUCAGACCCACCUGCUGAGACUAACUGGUCUUGGUGGUGGCGGCGGCCAGCUCUGCCAAUUACCAACUGUAGCGAUGUCAUGCCUCAACCGGUGAUUGACGGAGCAUGCCGUCACUACCGAGACCAGUUCAUCUCAGAAGUUGGUGGCCAGAGGAGAGAUCUGAGGUAAGAUCUGGCAAAGUUCUGGAGACCACAGCGGAUCCCCUGCAGCUUAUUCUCUGUCCUGUAAAUAGGGGGUAAGUUUUACAUAACCACAGUUAUUGGGCGAAUAAGUAUUCGUAGGAAAGCUUGUUCCCUAUAACUGGCCUGUGUAAUAGGUUUGUUAUAGUUUGUUGGCUGAUCAGAUCUUUUAUGGAGUCUUAGCAGUCAUUAUCAGCCGCACAUCGAUCUGUGUAAAUGGGGAAUGUGCAUCUGACAAUGAUAAAAAUAACGUUCGUGAAUUCACUGUGUGAAAAGGGCUACAUGUUGGGUCAUCAGACCUAUGGUCGGGCCGGCAUGUGCGGCCAUAAUACGAAUAUAAAUAUGUCCGUAUUAUGCUACUAUUAACGCAUCUUGGUAGUGAAGUGCACAACUGUGGAAGAUCAGAGUUAACUUCUUAUUUUGCACAGUUGUGCCCUUUACUAUUAAAAUGCCCUGCUGGGAGACUGCUGUAUUGUGAAAAGUACUUUUCUGUGCUUUUAGGUCUUACAGGUUUUCCAGGGGUCAUUAUAGACUGUUUUUAAACUUUGUAUAAUUUAUACUAAUGUUUUAUAAGGCUUUAGACUGUAAUAUGGACUGAUUACUAGAGAUGAGAGAACUUACAGUAAAUUCGAUUCAUCACCAACUUCUCGGCUCAGCAGUUGAUGACUUUUCCUGCAUAAAUUAGUUCAGCUUUUAG